CCCGUCAUCAUCAUCAGCUUUCACGGCUCUCCAUCUUCGAUCAAUCAAUCCUCCAGCUCUCCCCAUUACUCGUCCAUCAGUCGUCGCAUCACCCCCAUCACAUUUUCCAACCAGUCGCCAAAAUGACAACAGCCCAUCGCCCUACCUUUGACCCGGCCCGCGGCAAAGAAGCCCUCCGCGGCCCCGCCUACCACCAACGCCUCCUUCCAGCCUACACCCAGCUCAAAUUCCGCCAACCCGGCCAAGGAGGCGACGCCGAUCACCAGUCCCGCGACCUCCGCGCCGAACUCGAAGCCGCAGAGGCGGCUCACUACGCCAAGCUCAGGGGCGCUCCCAUCCCCGGCCAGUCGACUGGCAGUCAGUCAGAACAACAAGCCCUCCCCAGUAAUUCCUCCUCAUCCAAGCGACCACUAUCGAUAGAACAAGAAGACCCCGAAUCCAAACGCCGCCGCAUACUAGAAGAAACCCGCGCCAUAGACGCGGACGACAGCGACGCAUCAAGCGAAGAAGACGACGAGGAAGAUGACGACGACGACAGCGAUUCAGACUCUGAUUCUGAUGAUGAGGAAGCCGAGUUGCAGAGGGAAUUAGAGAGAGUGAGGAGGGAGAGGGCCGAGAAACGGGAACGGGAAGAGAAGGAGAGGUUGGCUGCGGAGGAGGCGGAGAGGGAGAAGGAUAUUGCGCUGGGGAACCCGCUUCUCAAUAACAACAACAGCGGGAGGGCGGAUUUUAAUAUCAAGAGGCGGUGGGAUGACGAUGUGGUGUUCAAGAACCAGGCGAGGGGCACGGAGGAGAAGGGGAAGAAGAAGGAGUUUAUUAAUGAUUUGUUGAGGUCGGAUUUUCAUAAGAGGUUUAUGAGUAAGUAUGUUCGUUAGGGGGGAGAGGAAAAAGAGAUAUACCCGGGUGAUACAGCACGGUGGUUAAGAGGUAGAGGAUGAUUGAUCAGGUUGGCAAGCACAAUUGAUUAGACGGGACUGUUGUUGGGGUUUGAUUUUGCAAGUUUUGGCCCAGGCGAUGGAUUAAAUAGAUAUCACGAUUGGCUC